AGAAAUACAGUAUUUGCCGAAAGGGAGGAGACAGCCCCGCUCUGACCUGCCACGGCAGAGCAUACCUGUAAGCAAACGUUGCCUACAUAACUCAAACCCCUCCCCAGGCCAGCGCCAAGCAUGGUGAAGUGGGAGGAACGUGUCUAUGGGAAGAAGUGUUAAAAGCAGAACUUCGGCCUCCAAAAGAGAAGACUCAGAAGAGGCUGACACACUGGUAUUUGAAGCAUCUUCAUGCCGGGGGCCUCAGAUACAGCCGAGUCUACACUCCCAGAGGGAAGAACCAAGGCCUCCAUUAGGAGGGAUUGAUGCCUCAGGGCGAGGAAACCCUGCUUGGACUGGGAGCUUUGCAGAAAUGAAAUGGGUUCCUUUUAAGAGGAUGAAUUCCUUCUCACUGAUGAAGAGCCUAAACCAUGGCUUACGGAGGGUUUAAAGACUUACACGCCAGGUGCAGUGGUUCUUAAAUUUUAGUGGGUAUAAGAAUCACCUGGAAGAGCUCGUGAACUACCAGUUCACAGGCUUGGCCAUUAGAAGCCUUGAUUCAGUGGAUCUGGGAUAAGGUCCACAAAUCUUCAUUUUUAACAAGCAGCCCAGUGGGUCUUAAUGCGGUGGUCAGUGACCCACAAUUUAAGAACCAAUGAGAAUAGAUAAACUCCAAGUUCCCUUCUACUUAUUUUGCAAAUAAACAUUCUAGCAAAAAAUAUGUGUAGUCAACACGACGAUUGUUCAAAGAAAGUUGCCAUAAGUUUUAUACAUGAUCCAAGACAAAAUUCUUUAAUAUGUUGACAGUUAACGUUAGAGACAAAACCCCUGGAAUAUAGGCUAUUAGGAUAUGGUAGGAGGAGAAGGCUUGAUUGAUUCUCAGUCUAUGUCAUAAGAGACAAGACUUUAAUGGCAAAAUAGAAGAGACAAAUCCGAGUGGAUAUUUUUUUUUUUUUUUUUAGAUUUUCAGAUUUUAAAGGACUCACUCUACUUAUACCAGGGAGCAAUCUGAUGGGGACCAGGAUGAAGCUAUUUAAGUACCCUAACAGGCUACACCUAUAUAAGGUUAAACACCUGAUAGGCUCCGGGACCCUGACUUAUAUAAACUUCAGCCUAAAUCUAAUAGGACACGUGUAGGGGAGAGUGUCUUCCAACACUGGCUCAUUUUCAGUUGGGGCUAAAGCACUUUUUCUGGCAAGUAUAAUGUAUGUUUGAUUAAGUUAAACUUUUACUUAAAGCAUGUGACUUGAGAGUCCCACUUUAGAACUACUGUAUCCUGAAAUGUUUUACUCUCUGUAAACAUGUUUUUGCUUUGUUUUGUUUUUUUUGUAAACAUGUUUUUAAAAAGCAGUACUUGGGUAUAUCUUCCUGUCCCUUAUCAAGACUUUUAUUAAAAAAAAAAACUUAAGUUGCAUAAUAUUUCAUUUUUUGCUUAAGUGUAUUAAAGUUCUAAAAAGCCCGUCUUUUUUUCCUUGAAAAUACUAAAACUGACUAGUUGAGGAACUGGUGUUCCUAGCUAUUUUGUUAAUUGUUAGUAUUGAUGUGCUUAUUUUGUUCAUGAAGGACUAGCAAACGAUUUCUAUUUUAAAUGUAAGGUCUAUAAACUUCCAACGGCAAUUCCAUGCUGAUAACCAGUGUGACCCAGUCUCUGUUUCGUUACCCUCGCUUCCUUUUGAUGGUUGCAGACCUCCUCCUUUCUCUUGAACCAUGAGGGAUGAAAUUGCAACAGCCGUUUUCUUUGUCACAAGACUGGUGAAAAAACAUGACAAGCUGAGUAAACAGCAAAUAAGAGACUUCGCAGAAAAGCUGAUGACGAUCUUGUUUGAAACCUACAGAAGUCACUGGCACUCUGACGUCCCUUCCAAAGGGCAAGCCUUCAGGUGUAUCAGGAUAAAUAAUACUCAGAAUAAAGAUCCCAUUCUAGAAAGAGCUUGUGCUGAAAGUAAAGUGGAUUUUUCUCACCUGGGACUUCCAAAGGAGAUGACCCUAUGGGUGGAUCCCUUUGAAGUGUGCUGUAGGUAUGGUGAGAAAAAUCAUCCAUUUACAAUUGCUUCUUUUAAAGGCAGGUGGGAGGAAUGGGAGCUUUCCCAGCAGAUCAGCUGUGCUGUUAAUAGGGCCACUUUGGACUACAACUCUGGCCUUUCCUCGGAUGAAGAGAGUUGUAACAAAAAACCGCAGAUCAUUCCUAAAGUGAGCAAUCCAAAGAGCAUUUACCAGGUUGAAAACUUGAAACAACCCUUUCAAUCUUGGUUCCAUGUCUCCCGCAAAAAGAAUGUGGUGGAUGGCCGCCUGGGCCUCCUGGGGAACACUUACCCUGCAUUGCAUAAAAAUCCCAAGAGUCAGAGGCCUGCUGCUCUCCCCCGGGUGGACAGGUACCACUGGGUCAACAUGAACCGAUAAUGUGGUGGCUGGGCACUCGGUGGGACAGAGCUCAGAGGAGCUGCUUUAUUUUCUCUUAAACAAAAGGGCAUCGGAGUUUGAGAGGCCCAUGAAACAGAAAAAGUAAUCCCAUCAGGGACAGGGUGCUGUACCUGUGAAUGAUCUCACACAGAUCAUGGUUAUGUUCUUAGCUGUACUUUUAAUUCUACCUUAAUUCUAUGUGAAGUUUUAUGUAACACUAAUGAAUGUAUUCAGUAAGGUAAUAGAAUGAAGAUAUUGACUUGUGAUAAGAUUCAAUGAAUUAUGAAAAGGAACAGUUGAAAUAAACACACUAUGUUUUUAAUCUUUCUAGUUCAGUGUUUUUGCAAGAAAGCUUUGAAAGCUCGUGUUUCUUCAUUAGCCAUUAAAGCAGGCAGAUCUUCACUUAGGAGAGUGUGAUCCGUAUGAUAUGGUCUCCUGGCCACACUUGUUACCCAUCAUCGCUGCUCUAUUUUACAAGGCCACUGGGAGUUUGUUUUAAAAUUACUCUUUAAGAUACAAAAUUCCCUUGUUGAUAUGUCUUUUAAAAUUUUUGAUCUAUUUCUCUACCUCUUAAUAGACUUAAUUAUGACUUGUUUUAUAACUGUGACACCUGUUCAUUAUAAGGACUCAAGCUAAUGGAGUUAAAAUAAAAAACUUAAUGAAAAAAUUUAGCUAGGCAAAAAUGUAUACCACCAAGAAAAAAAAAAUCCCUACCAUUCAGCCAGAAACUACCACUAUUAAAGGGCAUCUUGGCUCUUUCCACCGUUUGGCGAUUGUGGCCAUUGCUGCUGUGAACGUUGG